ACCUCAGCAAAAUGGUGUAUGUGAGAGGGGGAAUCGCACAAUCAUGAAUAUGGUGCAAAGUUUGAUGUCAAAAAGCAUUUUGCCUAAGGAGUUUUGGCCAGAAGCUGUUAAUUGGAGUGUUCAUAUCUUGAACAGAAGUCUCACAUCUUCACUUCCAAAUAUGAAGCCAAAAGAGGCUUGGAAUGGACGCAAACUUGCUAUUGACUACUUUAGAAAUUUUGGGUGCAUAGCAUAUGCACAUGUGCCAGAUCAGAAAAGGAGUAAGCUUGAUGACAAAGGGGAAAAGUGUAUUUUCCUUGGUAUUCCUAUAGAUUUCAAAAAUGGAAAAGAUCUAAUUGUGCAAAACUCAAGAGGUCAGAUGCAGCAAAAUGAAGGUUUAACUUUAGUUAACCUCGAGACUUCAAGAAAGGCAAAAGAGGAAAGUCUACUUGCAGCAGAACACAGUACUAGAGAAAGUCUGCCAACAACACCAGAACUGGAAUCUGGAACUAGUUCACAACCUCAACACAAAAAGAGAAGACUAGCAUCGUUGGAGGAUUAUGAGGUAACAAAUCUACCUCAAGAUGAUGUUCUAGUUACUCAUUUUGCUCUAUUUGCAAAUUGUGAUCCAUUGACAUAUGAAAAGUGGAUCUAUAAGACAAAGCUCAAAGAAAAUGGGAAGGUUGGCAAAUUCAAAGCUCGCUUGGUGGCAAAGGGUUACAAGCAAGAGUUUGGCAUUGAUUAUCAAGAAGUUUUUGCUCCAGUUGUAAGGAUGGAUACCAUCAGAUUGGUGAUUGCAUUGGUAGCACAAAACUCAUGGCCGAUCUACCAACUUGAUGUAAAAUCGGCUUUCUUGCAUGGAGAUUUACAAGAAUAGAUUUUGGACUAUUUUACAAAAAGGGUGACCAAACAAAUCUCUCAAGUUUUUACAGACAAUGAUUAUGCUGGAGAUUUGGAUGACAGAAAAAGCACUUCUGGGUAUGUUUUUAUGUUGGGAUCUGGUGUAGUUUCAUGGUCUUCAAAGAAGUAGCCCAUUGUGACUUUGUUCAUGACAGAAGCAGAGUAUGUGGCAGCAACUUCAUGUGCUUGUAAAGCUAUUUGGUUGAGAAGAAUUCUGGAAGAACUUGAGAUGAAUCAACAUGAGGCCACUUC